GACUUAAUUUUGUUUUAAUAUUCAUCUGUGGUUUUGGUUUUGAUUUUCUAUGGUUAGUGCUUUUUGGAAAAUAUAUCACAAAUGACAAUAUCUUAUCUUUUGGUUAAUAACUUCAGUUUAUAAGACCCCUGCAAAAGUAGAGGAGUAAAAUAAUUUACAUUCCAGUUGCUUCCUUAAAACCAACUAAAAACAACAUAAUUUUAAAAAAUUUAAAAACAGAGGAAAACUUUGUUUUGUCCACAACAUGAAAUCACAAACUAUGAAGAAUGUCAACUCAGCUGAAAUAGAAUGAAAUUUGCAUCAAAUCAAGGGAGAAUAUGAAGAAUUGACUAAGAGAUAAAUCAAAAGUAUCCAGGAAUGGAAAAAAAGGGUUAUGAAAGGAUGAGUAGUGAACUCUAGCACUGUCAGAGUUCAAUCAGAGAAACAGAAUCCCUUGGAGAUGGAACCACAGUUCCAGCUGAGUGAAACUGACAUACGACAAAUCCAUCACAACCCUGCAUCACUUUUAAUGGAAUAACUGAGGCUAAGCAAGUGUGGAGUUAGAAUUCUCAAACUAACAACGACAACAACAACAAAAAAAUCUUGAAGGUGGGAAAAACAAAAACAGGAAAUAUAAAUACUAAUUUCCUCAACUUCAUAGUGGAGAGGACAUCUGCCUGAACCUGAUAAAUCAAGAAAUAGAGGCUUGAGUAUAUCACUUAAGAUUAUAAAUGUAAAUACUACAAGAUCUAAAAACACACAUAAACUUUUCAAGUUAUCACAGUGAAAGCAUGAAACACAGACCAAAGAAAACAGACCCUAUAUCAAAAGAUAAACCAUGGUAAUGAAUUUAAGACCAAAACACAUUUAUUUUGUCAAUAAACAUAAAUGAAAUAAGCUCACCUACUGAAAGAAAGAUGCCAUUAGUUUGUAUUUAAAACAUGUCCCAAAUAUGUGAUGUACAAAAUAAAUCUGUCUAAAUAAUUACUCAAAAAUAUUGAAAGUAAAAUGAUGAGCAGAACAUAACAUGCAAAUGGGAACAGAAAAUAAGACCAAAAGCAUUAUAUUAGACAUUGGGGGCCAUUUAACAAUAAUAAGGAAUAUAAGCCACAAUGAAAAUAUAACAGUUGUGAAUCUUACUGUAUCAAGUAACAAACCAUCAAAGCAAAACAAAAAUGGGAAAAGUAUAAGAAGAAACAGGUAAUAAAAAGACUCACGCUUUAAUACAUGGCAGAUAAGUAUAAAAAAGUUAGGCUAAGGUAAAAACAGGUAUGUCAAACUCUAUACCGUGAACACAGAAGACAGUAUUUUUUCAAGUGCCCAUGGGACUUAAAGUCACAGUAAAUUCCCAAGAGAAGACUAGCAAACUAAGUAAAAACUACCUGAAAUUUAGAAAUUUAUCUUAAUCACACCUUGGAUCAAUUUAAUUCAAACCUGUGAUUUCAGUAGAUCUAAAAAUUAUGAUGAUGAAAUCAUUUUACUGAGAUAAUGUUUAAAGUUUUGCUAAAAGAAAAAUGCACUGCCUUAGGCAGUUAUGCAAAUACAAAUGGAAAUAGAUUAGUUGAGUAUUAAACUUAAGUGAGAAAAGAACUGUAAAAUAAUUAAGAAAUGAUGACGUAAUUAGUAAGGAUAUAGGCAGAAAAUAAUAAAUUAGAAAAAACAAAACUAGAUCUGCUAAAUCCAAGAGCUCUUAAAAAAAAAAUCAAAGGUCGAACAAUGAGAAAAAGCAUCUAAAGACAAUUAGCAAUCAGAUUGGGGAAUGACAAUUGAUAACAGAGAAAAUAAAAACAAUUAUAAGUGUUGUUUGCUCAUCUCCACAAAAAAAAUUUCAAAACCCUGUAUAAAUAUAAGAAAAUAAAAAUAGCUGAAAUUAACCCAAGAGGCAAUCAAAAAAAUCUAAAUAGGCAAAUAAUUACAAUGGGAGAAAUUAAGAAAGUUGAUAAGGAACGCCCUUUCUUUUUCUUUUGAGAUGGAGUCUCGCUGUGUUGCCCAGGCUGUAGUGCAGCGGCAUGAUCUAGGCUCACUGCAACCUCUGCCUCCCAGGUUGAAGCGAUUCUCCUGCCUCAGCCUCCCGAGUAGCUAGGAUUACAGGCAUGAGCCACCACGCCCAGCUAAUUUUUGUAUUUUUAGUAGAGAAGGGGUUUCGCCAUGUGGGCUAGGCUGGUCUCAAACUCCUGACCUCAAGUGACCCUCCUGCCUCGGCCUCCCAAAGUGCUGGGAUUACAGGUGUGGGAUUGCUGUGCCCGGCCCAGCUACUCUGGAGGCUGAAGCAGGAGAAUCACUCGAACCCAGGAGGCGGAGGUUGCAGCGAGCCGAGAUCGCGCGCCACUGCACUCCAGCCUGGGCGACGGAGCGAGACUCCGUCUCAAAAAAACAAAAAAUCCUUAGUAAAAGUAGGAAUAGCUGCAUACAUCAUAAUAGCACAACACUUCGCAUUCCUAUUAAAGGACAAGACAAAUUCUACUAUCAACUAUUACUGAUAUUAAAUGUCGUAUUAGUGCAAUUAAAUAAGAGAAAAAAGCAUAAAAGGAGUAGGCUUUUUUGGCAGAUACUGUUAUAUGGGAUGGACAGGAGGGGAAGACAUGAAAAUCAACUAAAAUGAAAUACAUAAAAAAUCAGUAAAGAGCCUGCUUACGAAAGUGGAAAAACAACAGCUGGGCGGGGUCGCAGGGUGGCGAACGUGAACACGUGGGCAUGUGCGUGUGUACGUGGGCACGUGCACGUGCUUUUGGGGCCGACAGACGCGCCAGUUGCCUAGGCGCAUGCGUCUGGCUAUCCCAGAAGCACCUGCGCCUUCCGGCUCGUGCUUACCUCAGGCUCGCGCCUUUCUCGGCAGUUCGCGCCUUUCUCGGCAGCUCGCGCCUUCCUCGGCAGCUCGCGCCUUCCUCGGCAGCUCGCCCCUUCCUCGGCAGCUCGCCCCUUCCUCGGCAGCUCGCCCCUUCCUCGGCAGCUCGCCCCUUCCUCUGCAGCUCCCACCUCACUCCCCUCAGCGUUCUUUCUCCCACGGUCUUCCCGUUGCUGCUAACCUAACUAACUCUCAGCCAUGGCCUCCAACGAAGAUUUCUCCAUCACACAAGACCUGGAGAUCCCGUCAGAUAUUGUGGAGCUCCACGACAUCAAUGUGGAGCCCCUUCCUAUGGAGGACAUUCCGAUGGAAAGCGUCCAGUACGAGGAUGUGGAUGGCAAUUGGAUCUACGGUGGCCACAGCCAUCCGCCUCUGAUGGUGUUGCAGCCGCUCUUCACGAACACGGGCUAUGGCGACCACGACCAGGAAAUGCUUAUGUUGCAGACACAAGAAGAAGUGGUGGGCUAUUGCGACUCAGACAACCAGCUAGGCAACGACUUGGAGGACCAGUUGGCCCUCCCGGAUAGCAUUGAAGACGAGCACUUCCAGAUGACCCUGGCCUCUCUGUCGGCCUCGGCGGCAUCAACAUCAACAUCAACCCAGAGCCGCAGCAAAAAGCCCAGCAAAAAGCCCAGCGGCAAGAGUGCCACCAGCACUGAGGCCAACCCGGCAGGCAGCAGCUCCAGCGAGGGCACGAGGAAGUGGGAGCAGAAGCAAAUGCAGGUCAAAACGCUGGAGGGUGAGUUUUCCGUGACUAUGUGGUCCCCUAACGAUAACAAUGACCAAGGGGCAGUGGGUGAAGGCCAGGCUGAAAACCCACCUGAUUAUUCCGAGUACUUGAAAGGGAAGAAACUUCCUCCUGGGGGGUUACCAGGCGUCGAUCUCUCAGAUCCUAAACAGCUGGCAGAAUUUACUAAAGUGAAGCCCAAAAGGUCCAAAGGAGAACCUCCCAAAACAGUCGCUUGCUCUUAUAGCGGCUGCGAAAAGAUGUUCCGGGAUUACGCCGCCAUGAGAAAACAUCUCCACAUCCACGGGCCCAGAGUCCACGUAUGCACAGAAUGUGGCAAAGCUUUUCUUGAGAGCUCAAAGCUGAGACGACACCAGCUGGUCCACACCGGCGAGAAGCCCUUUCAGUGCACAUUCGAAGGCUGCGGGAAACGCUUUUCCCUUGAUUUCAAUUUGCGCACACACUUGCGCAUCCACACCGGCGAUAAGCCCUUCGUGUGCCCCUUCGAUGUUUGCAACAGGAAGUUCGCUCAGUCAACCAACCUGAAAACCCACAUAUUAACGCAUGUGAAGACCAAAAACAACCCGUGAAAAGGAGAAGAGCCCUCUCAGACUUGGGAAUUAUCUUCCAGGACUGCGGUAGGGAAUAAAUAUGCCUCUCAAAGCUUUGUAUGUUGUUUCUAAGAGUUUUAAAAAAAAUGAAUCCUGCACAUUUAAGGUUCGUGUUUUGUUAGAGUAGUAAAAAUAGAAUUUAAACGUUUUUAGAAAGGUAAACCUUGACAUAAGAUAAUAGUGCUAAGAUGCCAUAGCUUGUUCUGUAACUAUUUUUGUAAAGUUUGGUCCCAACAGGAGAAAAAUUCGUAGACUUCACAUCAAGAGACGGUUCUUACAAACUGUUUAAAAUGGGACUUUUCACAUUCUUAGAAAUAGGAAGUUCAUUUAUUGUUUACAAUGUUUUUUAAAAACUUGUUAAAAAUUCAAAAUGUUCAUGUUUAUGCUUUUAGGAAUAUGCUUAAUAAGUCUAUGUAUGGUUUUUCUGGAGGUCGAUAACUUUGGGAAAGAUUUACUUUAAAAGAGUGAACAAUUAUAUGCAUACGUGAAGUAUUUUCCUGCUUAAAAAAGUUAUAUAGGUGUUAUUUGUUUUAAUCUUGGUUGUAUUCUUGGAUGUUAACACAUCUUGCAUUUUAGCUGUAUUAGGUCAUGUAGUAUUGAUAUUAGGUGAUUUAAUAGUACUAGUUUAAACCUAUUUUAGUCAUUUUAUUUUCCCCAAAAUACUACCAGAUGCUGUUGUUUAGUGUAAUUUCUUUGCCUGUUCAGUUAAAGUAGUGCUUACUUGUAGAAUAUAUUGUGUAUAUGCUGACUUUAACACUUAAGUACAGCCUGUGUAAUAGAGAAAGCAAAAUAAAACACCUCUUCUAAAGAAGGAAAAAAGUAGUUUGCCUAUAUCAGUACAGAAGUUAGAACUAAAGAAAAAGGGGAGGGUGCUACUGGCAUCUGGUGAGUGGAGGGAGAUCAGAAAUGCCACUAAACAUCCUACAAUGCACAGACAGCCCCACGAAACACAUAAUUAUUUGGCUAAAAUGCCAAUAGUGUCAGGUGCAGGGGCUCACGCCUGUAAUGUCAACACUUUGGGAGGCCGAGGUGGGUGGAUCGCUUGAGCUCAGGAAUUGAACAUCAGCCUGGGCAACAUGGCAUAACUCGGUCUCUACCAAAAAUAAAAAAAUUAGCUGAGUGUGGGGCGCACACCUGUGGUCCUAGCUACUCAGGAGGCUGAGAUGGGAGGAUCACUAGAGCUGGGGAAGUCGAGGCUGCAGUGAGCCAUGAUCAAGCCACUGCCCUCCAGCCUAGGUGACAGAGUAAGACCUUGUCUCAAAAAAAAAAAGAAAGAAAGAAAGAAAGAAAAAGGGGCAGGGGGGCUGGGCACGGGGCUCCUGCCUGUAAUCCCAGCACUGUGAGAGGCUGAGGCCGGUGGAUCACUUAAGGUCAGGAGUUCCAAGACCAGCCUGUCCAACAUGGUGAAACCACCCCCUGGCUACUUAAAAAUACAAAAAUUAGCCAUAGACUUCGUAGACUUCACAUCAAGAGACAGUUCUUACAAACUGUGUUUAAAAUGAGACUUUUCACAUUCUUAGGAAGUUCAUUUAUUGUUUACAAUUUUUUUUUAAAUUGUAAAAAAAUUCAAAAUGUUCAUGUUUAUACUUUUAGGAAUAUGCUUAAUAAGUCUAUGUAUGGUUUUUCUGGAGGUUGAUAACUUUGGGAAAGAUUUACUUUAAAAGAGUGAACAAUUAUAUGCGUACGUGAAGUAUUUUCCUGCUUAAAAAAGUUAUAUAGGUGUUAUUUGUUUUAAUCUUGGUUGUAUUAUUAGAUGUUAACACAUCUUGCAUUUUAGCUGUAUUAGGUCAUGUAGUAUUGAUAUUAGGUGAUUUAAUAGUACUAGUUUAAACCUAUUUUAGUCAUUUUAUUUUCCCCAAAAUACUACCAGAUGCUGUUGUUUAGUGUAAUUUCUUUGCCUGUUCAGUUAAAGUAGUGCUUGCUUGUAGAAUAUAUUGUGUAUAUGUUGACUUUAACACUUAAGAAGUACAUCCUGUGUAAUAGAAAAAGCAAAAUAAAACACCUCUUCUGAAGAAAGAAAAAAGUAGUUUGCCUAUAUCAAUACAGAAGCUAGAACUAAAGAAAAAGGGGAGGGUGCUACUGGCAUCUGGUGGGUGGAGGGAGAUCAGAAAUGCCACUAAACAUCCUACAGUGCACAGACAGCCCCACGAAACACAUAAUUAUUUGGCCAAAAUGCCAAUAGUGCCAGGUGCAGGGGCUCAUGCCUGUAAUCUCAACACUUUGGGAGGCCAAGGUGGGUGGAUCGUUUGAGCUCAGGAGUUGGACAUCAGCCUGGGCAACAUGGCAAAACCCGGUCUCUACCAAAAAUAAAAAAAUUAGCUGAGUGUGGGGCGCACACCUGUGGUCCUAGCUACUCAGGAGGCUGAGAUGGGAGGAUCACUGGAGCUGGGGAAGUCGAGGCUGUGGUGAGCCGUGAUCGAGCCACUGCCCUCCAGCCUGGGGUGACAGAGUAAGACCUUGUGUCAAAAAAAAAAAAAAAAAGAGAGAAAGGGGCAGGGGGGCUGGGCGCAGGGCUCCUGCCUGUAAUCCCAGCACUGUGAGAGGCUGAGGUGGGUGGAUCACUUAAGGUCAGGAGUUCAAGACCAGCCUGUCCAACAUGGUGAAACCAUCCCCCGGCUACUUAAAAAUACAAAAAUUAGCUGGGGUUGCUGGCACAGCACCUGUAAUUCCAGCUACUUGGGAGGCUGAGGCAGGAGAAUCGCUUGAACCCAAGAGGUGGAGGUUGCAGUGAGCUGAGAGAAUGCCACUGCACUCCAGCCUGGGUAACAGAGUGAGACUCCGUCUCACAAAAAAUAAAGUAAAUGCCAAUAGUGUCCCUGUUAAGAAACCCUGCUAUAGAAAAAGUAAAAGUUUAUAAGAAAGAUUCCAGAGGUUUGCAGUACUUAUAAACAAAUCAUUAAUGGGCAAGAGGUUGUUUAGAUGAAAGAAAUGUGAGUGCUCCACCACCCUCAUUGCCGCUUAACCAGCAUGGGUAAAUCCAGAAUCAGAGGGGUGAUCUGGUACUAGCUACAUGCCUGACGAGAUAAGAGACUACACAAAUAGUCAAGGAAUCAGUGCUGCUGAGUGUCCCGGCUUUUACUCAUUUGUUCAUGUCUUGUUUCUGUGACUAGCAACUGGGCUGGGGUUGGGGGGAAUUCACAGUGGUAUCCUAAAUUAGUUUCCCCAGAGUAAAUUACUGUGCAUCAAAGGAUUAGGUUUUUUAAAUUUUGUUUUAAUUUUGUUAAGGAAGCUAUGAAAGCAGUACAAGAAAACACAAGUGAAUAUGUUUUAUAAUCUUGAGGUGGAAAAGGCUUAGUACAAGGAACUAUUUGAUCACACAAAAAUUUAAAGUAUCUAUACAGGCAAAACGACAAACCACAUCAAACAACAAACUGGAAAGAUAAAAUUAUAAUACCUGUUACAAAGGACCAAAUUCCUCCCUAUAUAGAUUAUAAAUAAUAGCAUAUACAAAUUAGUAAAUUAUUAAGACAACUCAAUCAAAAAAUGGCAAUGGAUAGAAAUAAGUAGCUCUUAAGAAAAUGGGCUUUAAUUUUUCACCCAGAAGACUGGCAAAGAGUAAAAUUAUGAUAGCAUCCAGUGUCAUUCAGAGAGUGGAAAAAUGUCCAUUAUGAGAGUAUAAAUUAAUUCAACAAUGCAAACUCAUUGGAGGUCAGCUUUAAUGUUCAUAUUUUUUGACCCAACAUUUCCAUUUCUAGGUAAUUUUUCGUACCCUUGCAGAUGCAUACUUAACUGGACGCCUAACAUUAUAAGCAAAGCUGUGUAUUGCAGUAUUAUAUGAAAAGGUUAAAACACCCUAAGUGAUUAAUAGUAGGAUACCUUAUAAAUAAGUUGAUAUGUUAAUAAAAAUGGAUUACUCUGUAGCAGAUAUAAUGAGAUUGAUAUGUAUGAACAGAUAUGGGAAAAUGUCAAAAAUAUAUAAAUUUAAAAGCAAAUAGGGUGUGUUGGCUCACACCUGUAAUCCCAAAUUUUAGGAUGCUGAGGUGGGAGGAUCACUUCAGGAGUUCAAGGCUGCCAUGAGCUGUGAUCACAGCACUGCACUCCAACCUGGGCAAUAGAGCGAGACUGUCUCUUUAAAAAAAACAAACAAAAAAAAACCACGAAAAAGCAAAAUAUAGUAUAAUAAUUUGAUACCAUUGGUAUUUUUAAAUGAUGUAUCUGUAUAUAAUAGAAAAGAUCAUUUACCUGCUAAGUCCUAGACCAUACUUUGUCUGGCUAUUUGUGGAAUUUAGUAAUUUACAACACUUUAAAAAUUUUAAAAGGAACAUUUUACAAUGUGAAUUCAUUACUUGGAACAUGUGUUAGCUAGGUAUUUGGCUGCUCUAAUAACUAAAAAUAAGUGGCAUAAACUUUCAAAACAUUCCAAAUAUAAGUAGUUCAGUGUUGAUCGGAUAACUCUGUAAUUUGGGUACACAGGUUCUGUCUUGUUAGCUCUGCUAUUCCCAACAUGCAGCUUCUGUGUCGUGGACCUAAAUUCAGCUCCAUCAUAGCUACAUUACAGCCCACAGUACAGGGUUGUCUCCAUCACAUCCUGGUGCUAGUAGUGCCCAUACCCCGCCCCAUAAGGAAAACUGCAAUAGGAAAAGGGAAGACUAGGUAUGGGGGAAGGGGUUAUCUAGUGGCGUGUUAAGUGAAUGUUUAACAUCUGGCUCUGCAGAGCUAAGGUAGGGAGCUCUGAUGGUAUUCAUUUGCUGGUUUCUGUGGUGUAAAUACUUGCACCGUGGUCAGUUUCAAGCUGCAAACCUGCACUUCCUGAAGGAGGAAUUAGGAAGAAGUGCACACAAUUAGCUCUGGCAAGCUGGUAGGAGCAGGCUUCAGAGAACCACUGGGUUCAUAUAACCAUAUCUGCCAUAGGAUAGGAUAUAAGAUGCUAAGGGGAAAAAAAGAGUUUAAAAAAUAUAGGCCUGGUGCGGUGGCUCACGUGAGCCUGUAAUCCCAGCAUUUUGGGAGGUCGAGGCGGGCGGAUCACGAGGUCAGGAGAUGGAGACCAUCCUGGCUAACACGGUGAAACCACCCGUCUCUACUAAAAACAUAAAAAAAUUAGCCGGGCGUGGUGGGGGGCGCCUGUAGUCCCAGCUACUCUGGAGGCUGAGGCGGGAGAAUGGCUUGAACCCGGGAGGCGGAGCUUGCAGUGAGCCGAGAUUGCGCCACUGCACUCCAGCCUGGGCGACAGAACGAGACUCCGUCUCAAAAAACAAAA